AUGGCGUGGCGUGAUUUAUUUCCCGUGCUUAUACAACUAGAUCAAGUCCAUGUAGUAGAUAAUAAACGAGAUAGUAUACAGUGGAAGGAUGGGGAUAGUGUGUCAGAAGUUUCGGCUUCAAAUAUUUGGAAUACGGUUCGAUAUAGUGACUUGGAGGUGGGGUGGAGCAAGAUUGUCUGGUGUGCGCAUUGUAUUCCGAGACACGCGUUUCUCUUGUGGUUGAUCAUGAGGAAGAAAUUAUUAACUCAAGAUAUCAUCCUUCAAUGGGAUUUAUCAAGGAGAAAGAAUAUGAAUAUGAUGUGCUGCUUGCUUUGCUAUGAGAACCAUGAUUCUCAUGAACAUCUAUUUUUCGAGUGUAAGUAUUCAGCAAAGAUUUGGAAUAAUGUUCGUCAAAAAGCUGGUAUGUAUGAUGUUGCCCCUAAAUGGGAGGAGAUUGUCGAAUGGCUUUUGGAUCGUGCAAGCUCAAAAUCGGCUUCUAACUAUGUGAGCAGAAUUUUGGUGGCGGCUACGGCUUAUUUUAUUUGGCAAGAACGGAAUGCUAAGUUGUUCAAGAAUCAAGUGAGGCCCCCGGAUCAAUUAUGUCAAAUUAUCAUUAAUAUUGUUCGGUAUAAGCUUAUGGGUGUUCGGCUGAAGCGGAAUGACAACGUGCUGAAGCUGUUGCGUGAAUGGGAGAUUCAAGAUGGUGAUCGUUCGGACGAUGGUGGCUGA